UUCAUGAUUCUUCUAACUCUUCAAACAAAGAAUAAAAACCCUCGUUAAAAAUUUUACAUCCCAAGCUAAACAAGACACCAAACUCAAAAACCAAGUUUCUAUCCAUUUCAACAUAAAAAUGGCUUCAAUGACGAUGUCAGCAGCAGCCUCAAUGCUUCCAAACUUGACCAGAAACCAGGCCGCAAGUGGCAGAAGAGGGACAGUUGUGGUGGCAGCCAAGGCGGCAUCGAGAGAGGCAGAGGGGGAGACAGUAAUGAGCUUGGAGAUGAAGAAAAGUGCGAAACAACAAGAAAGCAGCAGUAACAAUGGAAGAAGAGAGAUGGUGUUUGCUGCAGCAGUUGCAGCAGCUGCUUCCAUGGCUAAAAUCGCCAUAGCAGAUGAGCCAAAAAAAGGGACUCCAGAAGCUAAGAAGAAGUAUGCUCCUAUUUGUGUGACAAUGCCUACAGCUAGAAUUUGUCACAAGUGAGAAAAAUUUCAAUUUAAUAUUGUGUGUUAGUGUGUUAAUUGGGGUCUGAUAUUAAUGCAAAAGUGUUAAAGAAUUUGUCUUGUGUUGUAUUGGAGAAAUCUAGUUUAUGUCGUCUCUCCUUGUUACAGUCACCAUUUCUACUAUGUAAGCUCUGGCUAGUUCUUGAAACUGAAAUUUAUUCAUCCAUUGCCAUCUUAA